AUGCCUUCGGAUAUCGUUAUUGACGGUGCUCGUUGUCUCGAACGUAUUCGCAGACUUUAUUCAGUCUGGCGAAAUACUGAGGGAGCUGAUAGUUCGACCGAUGACAAUAAUACAUUACAUUCUGUUGAUGCUAUUGUGAUAAUACGAGGACAAAAAGAAGAUGAUUUUACAUAUAGUAAAAGUGCUGCUAUGCAGACAUGGUUAUUUGGUUAUGAAAUGCAUGAUGUUCUUGUUGUCUUUUGUCAAGAUUCAGUUAUCAUAUUUGCUGGUGCAAAAAAACUUAAUUAUCUUAAAAAAAUUGAAAGUGAACAUAAUAAUAAAGAGAAUGCACCACGAAAUUUUAAUUUUAUAACACGUAAAGAGAAUGAUGAAAAAAAUUUUGAUGAUAUUAUUAAACAAAUUAAAACGAGUCAUCAAGGAAAAACCUUAGGUGUAUUUUCUAAAGAUAAAAUGGAAGGACCAUUUUGUGAACAAUGGCAAAAUUGUUUAAAUCAACAUUCAUUGACAACAGUUGAUAUCAGUAAUUCUGUUGGUUAUUUACUUGCUGUUAAAGAUAAUGAAGAACUUAGUUUAAUACGUAAAGCAUGUGAAAUAACUGGAAAACUUUAUAGUAAACAUUUAAAAGAUCAAAUAAUAAAUAUAGUUGAUUCUGAAAGAAAAGUUAAACAUUCGAAAUUAUCUGAAGGACUUGAAUCAGCAUUAAAUGAUGAAAAAUAUGUUUCGAAUGCAGAUGCAAAUUAUGUUGAAAUGUGUUAUCCAGCUAUUGUACAAAGUGGAGGGAAUUAUAAUCUUAAAUUUAGUGCGAAUGUUGAUAAAAAUCUACUUCAUUAUGGUGGUUCAUCAAUUAUAUGUGCUUUUGGUAUUCGUUAUAAAUCAUAUUGUUCAAAUCUUGUUCGUACACUUUUGGUUAAUCCAUCAGAAGAAAUGAAAAAAAAUUAUCAAUUUUUACUUGAUUGCGAAGAACUUAUUUUGAAAGAACUUAAACAUGAUGUUCCAUUAUGUGAUGUUUACAAGACGGUACGAGUAAAAGUUGAAAAGGAACGACCAGGAUUUCUUAAUAAAAUGACAAAUAAUUUAGGAACAGCAUUAGGUAUUGAAUUUCGAGAGAGUACUAUUGCUAUAACAAGUAAAUGUACAGCACGAGCACAGAAAGGAAUGACAUUUCAAGUAAGCAUUGGCUUUUCUGGUUUGGAAAAUCCUGAUGGAAAAGAUGAACAAUCAAAAACUUAUGCUUUAUUUGUUGGUGAUACAAUUGUUGUUAAUGAGAAUGAAUCUUGUACAAUCUAUACAUCAUCAAAAAAAGAUAUUAGUCAUAUUGCUAUAAUUUUAAAAGAUGAUGGUACACAAGAAGAUAAUGUUGAUGAUACACCAGCAAUAGCACCACGACGUGCAGCUGCAGAAAAAGCUCGAACUGAUCCAUCUGUACCUGAAGAAUCACGACAAGAAUAUCAAAAAUCAUUAUUACGUAAAUUGAAUGAACGUGCUGAAGCUCGUUUAACAUCACAAGGUGAUAAAGUAUCUGCAGAAAAAGCUCGUAAAAUUAAUAAUUCAUAUAAAUCAGAAGGACAAUUACCACAAGAUCCUGAUAUUCAAGAUCUUAAACUUUAUAUGGAUAAACGAUAUGAAACACUUAUUUUACCAAUCAAUGGAACACCAACACCAUUUCAUAUUUCAACAAUUAAAAAUGUUUCAUUAGCUGUUGAAGGUGAAUAUAUUUAUUUACGUGUAAAUUUUUUUCAUCCAGGUGGUAUUGGUAAACAAGCUGAUACAAUUGAUAAAGAAAAUGUUUAUAUUAAAGAAUUAACAUAUCGUGCAUCAACUGAUAAAAAAGAUGAUGUUGUACCAGCAUCAAAUAAUCUUUCGCAUAUUCAUAAAUUAAUUCUUGAAAUACAAAAGAAAUUUAAAGAUCAAGAACAAGAACGAAAACAAAUGGAGGGUGUUGUUAAACAAGAUGCAUUAAUCCUUAAUCCAAGUAAAACCAAUCCAAAAUUAAAAGAUCUUUAUAUUCGACCAAGUUUAUCAAAUAAAAAAAUCAAUGGUACACUUGAAGCACAUACAAAUGGUUUUCGUUAUACAUCAGUACGUGGUGAUAAAAUAGAUAUACUUUAUUCUAAUAUUUCACAUGCAUUUUAUCAACCAUGUGAUAAUGAAAUGAUUGUACUUAUUCAUUUUCAUUUAAAACAUGCUAUUGUAUUUGGUAAACGAAAACAAACUGAAGUACAAUUUUAUACUGAAGUUGGAGAAUUAACAACUGAUCUUGGUAAACAUCGAAAUAUGCACGAUAAAGAUGAUGUACUUGCUGAACAAGCUGAACGUGAAUUACGUAAUAAAUUAAAAGGAGCUUUUCAAAGUUUUAUUGACAAAGUAUUACAACAAAAAAAUUUUCCAUUUGAAUUUGAAACACCAUUUCGUCCAUUGGGUUUUCAUGGUACACCACAUCGAUCAAUGGUAUUAAUUUUACCAACAACAUCAUGUGUAGUUCAAUUAACUGAAUGGCCACCACUUGUAAUCGUACUUGAAGAAGUUGAACUUGUUCAUUUUGAACGUGUACAUUUUCAAUUAAAAAAUUUUGAUAUGGUAUUUAUAAUGAAAGAUUAUUCGAAAAAAACACAAUCUAUUCAAGCAAUACCCAUGGCUGAACUUGAUCCAAUUAAAAAUUGGUUAAAUUCAUGUGAUAUAUGUUAUACUGAAGGUCCACAAUCAUUGAAUUGGGCAAAAAUUAUGAAAACAAUUACGGAUGAUCUUAAUGGAUUUUUUGCUCAAGGUGGUUGGACAUUUUUAGAAGCUGAUAGUGAUGUUGAAGGUGAUGGUGAAGGUGGCGGUGGCGGUGAUGAUUCAGAUGCAGAAGAAGAUGAUUAUGAUCCAGAUGAAGAAGAAAGUGAAGAAGAAGGAUCAGAAAGUGAAUAUUCUGCUGAAGAAGAUGAUGAAGAUUUUGAUGAUGAAGCCAGUAGUUCAGAUGAAUCUGAUAAUUUAGGAACGGAUGAAGAAUCAGGCAAAAGUUGGAGUGAACUUGAAGAGGAAGCAAGACGAGCUGAUGCUGAAAAACUUGAUUAUGAUUCAGAUAAUGGUGGGCGAAGCAAGAAAAAAGGUGGAACUUCAACAAAAAAAGCUUCUCCGGUUAAAUCUAAGAAACGACCAGCUCAUUCGCCACCACCAACGAAUGGCAAAAAGAGAAAGAGAUAA